AUGGCGACAACACCCGUCUCCGUCGUCUGCGUCGGCAUGGCCGGCUCAGGGAAAACCACCUUCAUGCAACGUAUAAACUCACACCUGCACUCGAAAAAACAACCCCCCUACGUCAUAAACCUCGACCCCGCCGUGCACACCGUCCCCUUCGAAAGCAACAUCGACAUCCGCGACAGCAUCAACUACAAAGAAGUCAUGAAGCAAUACAACCUCGGCCCCAACGGUGGAAUCCUCACAUCCCUCAACCUCUUCGCUACAAAAGUCGACCAGAUUAUUGCGCUACUUGAGAAACGAACCGCGCCGAACCCGGCUACCCCGAAUGCGAAAACCCCGAAUCAUAUCCUUGUUGAUACCCCCGGCCAAAUUGAGGUCUUCGUGUGGAGUGCCUCGGGCAGUAUUCUGCUCGAGACGUUGGCGUCGUCGUUCCCGACCGUUAUUGCGUAUAUCAUCGAUACGCCGCGGACAAGCUCGACGAGUACGUUUAUGAGUAAUAUGCUGUACGCCUGCAGUAUUUUGUACAAGACGAAGCUACCCAUGAUCUUGGUGUUCAAUAAGACGGAUGUGCAGGAUGCAGAGUUUGCGAAGGAGUGGAUGACGGAUUUCGAUGCGUUCCAGCAGGCGCUUCGCGAGGAGGAAGAGUCGGGUCAGUUUGGGACGGAGGGCGGAGCAGGAGGAUUUGGGUCUGGAAGUGGAUAUAUGGGAUCGUUGUUGAACAGCAUGAGUCUCAUGCUUGAGGAGUUCUAUCGGCAUUUGAAUGUUGUCGGUGUCAGCGCGAUGACGGGAGAGGGAAUUGACGAGUUUUUCGAGGCCGUUGAGGAAAAGCGCCAGGAGUUUGAACGUGACUAUAAGCCGGAGCUCGAGAAGAGAAAGAAGGAACGUGAGGAGAAGCAAGCAAAUCAGCGAGAAGUGGAACUCGGCAAACUCAUGAAGGACAUGAAUCUCUCAAGCUCUCGUCCGACAAAGGGCAAAGACGAGCCGGAGACAGUCAGCGAAGCCGAAGAAGAAGAGGAAGAAAGAUCAGCAGCGAUUGGGAAAGCCUAUGACGUGGAGUCAGACGAUAGCGACGACGAGUCGAAUGUUCCUCCGGCUGGUGACGACGAAGGCCUCAGCCAGCGGUAUCAGAGUGCACUGGCGGGUUCAAAUGCUGGGCCGUCCGAUGAGGACUUCAGCUUCGCGCGGUACUUGCACAAGAGCAAUCUCAACCGGUAG